AUGAGCCCCGAUGCUUCGGAGAGCGUGGGAACCCCAGGGAGGCUCGAGAUGAGCCCCGAUGCUUCGGAGAACGUGGGAGCGCUCGCGCCCCCUCCCCUGACCGCGAAGGAGCUGAACGCGGCGGGCGCGUUCCGGACGUCGGACCUCGAGGGCUUCCAGCAGCUGCUCUUCCACUCCGCCUGCCUCGCGUUGUGCGCUGGGGCGGUCUGGUGGUGCAGGAGUCACAGGUGGUGGCUGCUGCUGGUGCUCGCGGAGAUUCCGUUCGGUGUGUGCGAGUCUUUCAUCUUCAACGGUUUCCACGAGAUGGUCCACAACACGGCCUUUCAGACCCCUUAUCUGAACACAGUGCUCGCGGAGAUUUUAGGAUUCUUCAUCUUCCGGGGCGCCAAGUGGUUCUGGUGCUUCCACUGGACGCACCACCGCUACACGAACGAUCCUGCCAAGGACCCCGAGCUCAGCGGCGAGAGCGUCGACCUCGACGACCCGACCGUGUCGCUGUCGGCGUACGCCGCCUUCCUCAGCGG